ACCCUGAGCAGCCCCCCGCCGCUCACCCGUGUCCGCUCGCCCCCUGCCUACUCAGCCCUGUACCCGCCCCAGGAGCAGAAGAUGCUGCCAGGUCCUGCCCUGGGUUGCAGGGUGAGUGGAUCAAACCCCUUGCCCAAAACGGGGAUCCUGGAGGAGUCGGCCACCCGGAGAGCUGGCAAAAAGUCCAUGUUCACCUUCGUCGAGAAGCCGAAGCUGGGCCCCAACCCCGAUCUGCUGGACCUGGGCCAGAGUGCGGACAGCAGACACCCCUCCAAAAGUUCCUCCAGGCCUUCCAAAACCCCCCUGAUACCUCUGUACAGUGGCAACCUGAUGGAGAAUGAGGUCUCCCAGAAGGAGCUAGAGAUCUCCAAGCACCAGCCCUACCAGCUCCAGUCUUCGCUCUUCAUCCUCUCCCCAUCCAAGGGGCCAACCACCUCCAGUCCCUUCCCCGGUGCCAUCGGGGCUCUGCCCCUGACUCACAGCAGCCGUGCUGGUCCCGGAGCCCCGACCGAGGUGCUGCUGGCCUCCCCGUGCCGCCUGCUGCCGCCCCGAGCGAAGGGGGGCUUCCAGGCGCCCCGGCCCUCCUACUCCACCAGGAACGCCGGCAUCGAGCCACAGGUGUGGAAACCUUCUUUUUACUACAAGUAG